GCCUGAAGACUGUUUCACUGCAGCCACGGGCCUGAAGACUGUUUCACUGCAGCCACGGGCCUGAAGACUGUUUCACUGCAGCCACGGGCCUGAAGACUGUUUCACUGCAGCCACGGGCCUGAAGACUGUUUCACUGCAGCCACGGGCCUGAAGACUGUUUCACUGCAGCCACGGGCCUGAAGACUGUUUCACUGCAGCCACGGGCCUGAAGACUGUUUCACUGCAGCCACGGGCCUGAAGACUGUUUCACUGCAGCCACGGGCCUGAAGACUGUUUCACUGCAGCCACGGGCCUGAAGACUGUUUCACUGCAGCCACGGGCCUGAAGACUGUUUCACUGCAGCCACGGGCCUGAAGACUGUUUCACUGCAGCCACGGGCCUGAAGACUGUUUCACUGCAGCCACGGGCCUGAAGACUGUUUCACUGCAGCCACGGGCCUGAAGACUGUUUCACUGCAGCCACGGGCCUGAAGACUGUUUCACUGCAGCCACGGGCCUGAAGACUGUUUCACUGCAGCCACGGGCCUGAAGACUGUUUCACUGCAGCCACGGGCCUGAAGACUGUUUCACUGCAGCCACGGGCCUGAAGACUGUUUCACUGCAGCCACGGGCCUGAAGACUGUUUCACUGCAGCCACGGGCCUGAAGACUGUUUCACUGCAGCCACGGGCCUGAAGACUGUUUCACUGCAGCCACGGGCCUGAAGACUGUUUCACUGCAGCCACGGGCCUGAAGACUGUUUCACUGCAGCCACGGGCCUGAAGACUGUUUCACUGCAGCCACGGGCCUGAAGACUGUUUCACUGCAGCCACGGGCCUGAACAACAGCCAGUCAUGACAUCAAGCAUAGGGGAUGAUUCCAGCAUCUUCGACGGGUCGAUGGAUGAAGAUGACAAGGACAAAGCAAAACGCGUGUCCCGUAACAAGUCGGAGAAGAAGAGACGAGACCAGUUCAAUGUCCUCAUCAAGGAGCUGGGCACCAUGUUGCCUGGCAUCACACGCAAGAUGGACAAGUCCACCAUCCUGCAGAAGAGCAUCGACUUCCUGUGUAAACACAACGAGAUCUCUGCUCAGUCUGAGUCCAGUGAGAUCAGACAGGACUGGAAACCUCCGUUCCUUAGCAACGAGGAGUUCACCCAGCUCAUGCUGGAGGCUCUGGAUGGAUUCUUCAUAGCGAUAAUGACAGACUGUUGUGUUGAACUCAACGUGUGUGUGUGUGUGUGUGUGUGUGUGUGUGUGUGUGUUCCCCAGUCGGACCUGCAGGACCAGAACCUGUUAAACUUCCUCCCUCUGGAUGAACACUCAGAGGUGUACAAGGCUCUCUCCAAACACCCCUCCGACCCCGAGAGCCUCGGACCAGAGUACCUCAAGACGAAGAACCAGCUGGAGUUUUGUUGCCACGUGUUGAGGGGAACCAUCGACCCUAAAGAACCUGCCGUCUACGAACACGUCAAAUUCAUCGGCAACUUCAAGUCGCUGAACGACGUCCCCAACACCACCAGGAAUGGUUUAGCAGGAGUGUUACAGAGAUCCCUACAACCUGCCUUUGAUGACCUGGUCUGCUUCGUAGCCACCGUCAGGCUGGCUAAACCACAGUUCAUCAAGGAGAUGUGUACAGUGGUGGAGUCCAAUGAAGAGUUCACCUCCCGACACAGUCUGGAGUGGAAGUUCUUAUUCCUAGACCACAGGGCUCCACCAAUCAUAGGCUACCUUCCAUUUGAGGUUCUGGGGACGUCGGGGUACGACUACUAUCAUGUAGACGACCUGGGGACACUGGCCAAGUGUCACGAACACUUGAUGCAGUAUGGUAAAGGGAAGUCGUGUUACUACAGGUUCCUGACCAAAGGUCAGCAGUGGAUCUGGCUCCAGACUCGUCACUACAUCACCUAUCACCAGUGGAACUCCAGGCCUGAGUUCAUCGUCUGCACGCACACCGUGGUCAGCUACGCGGAGGUGAGGGCAGAGCAGCGUAGAGAGCUGGGUAUCAUUGAAGAGCCCCCCCCUGAGGUAACUGUGGACAAGCAGAGUCGAGACAGUGGAUCUGAGUCUCAGCUCAACACAGUUUCCAGCCUAAAAGAGGCCCUGGAACGCUUUGACCGUAGCCACACCCCCUCCUCCACCUCUCUGUCCUCACACAAGACCUCCUCACAGCUCUCAGACAACACCUGUACCUCAACAGCCUCCAAGCUCCACAUGGACAUGGCCACGCCCCCUCAUCAGUCACAUGUUGCCUCCACCAUCGAGAUGACAUCACAGAGACGCUCCUCCAUCAGCAGCCAGUCUAUGAGUUCUCAGACCACGGGACACAGUGUGGCUCCUGUCCAUCCUGUGAUACAACAACACCAACAACAAGAGCCGGUGCUUGAGUUCUCAGCCCAGGUGAAUGCUAUGCAGCACCUAAAGAACCAGCUGGAGCAGAGGACCAGGAUGAUACAGGCCAACAUCCAGAGACAGCAGGAUGAACUCCGAGCCAUACAGGACCAACUACACAGAGUCCAGCCCCCAGCCAUACAGGACCAACUACACAGAGUCCAGCCCCCAGCCAUACAGGACCAACUACACAGAGUACAGCCCCCAGCCAUACAGGACCAACUACACAGAGUCCAGCCCCCAGCCAUACAGGACCAACUACACAGAGUCCAGCCCCCAGCCAUACAGGACCAACUACACAGAGUCCAGCCCCCAGCCAUACAGGACCAACUACACAGAGUACAGCCCCCAGCCAUACAGGACCAACUACACAGAGUACAGCCCCCAGCCAUACAGGACCAACUACACAGAGUCCAGCCCCCACAGCCUGACAGCUUUGAAUGUCCAGCUGCCUCAGGUGGGGGUGGUGCCACAGGGAGCAGUUCUGACCAUCAGGUGCAGCAGACUGUCCUAAACCCCGCCCACACAGGAAGUCAGCUCACCGUUCAGCAGCAGCAGCAGUCACCUCCUCCUCAACAGAACCUUCAACUACAGCAAAACAACUCCCUCGCUCAGGUAUUCAGCCAAGCAGUGGUCCAGCAGCAGCGUCAACCACAACAACAACAGCAGCAGCAACAGCAGCAGCAGCAACAACCUGUCUAUAACAUGAUCAUGUCUCAGCCCGGCCAACCCAACCUACUACAGAUCAGUACCAGUCUACCACAGAACAACACACAACAGGCUGUAGCCACCUUCACACAAGACAACACUCAGAUACAGUUUCCGGCGGGCCAGCAGCUGGUGACUAAGUUAGUGACAGCUCCCAUGGCAUGUGGAGCUGUCAUGGUCCCGACCUCUGUAUUCAUGGGACAACCGGUCAUCGCUUACAACCCCUUUGGAGGGCAGCAGGGCGGUCAGACUCUUACCCUCCAGGCAGCCCAGCCUCAACAGAACCAGCCUGACAGCCAGACACAGACGGCUGUAGUGGCACAGAGUAACCAACAGGGGGCGCAGCAUCAGUUCGUACAGGGCACCCGUCUUCUCCACGGCAACCAGCAGCUGAUCCUCCAGGCAGCAUUCCCCAUGCAACAACAGCAACAGGCCUUCACCCAGGUAACACAACAACAACAGUCUCACACCCAGAGGCAUCAGCUGCAGCUGAAACCACAGCCGCAGAAACAACCCAAAGGCCCGCCUUCGCACCGGACUGACAGCUCCAGCAGCCAAGCACAGUAGGCCAGGCGUCCAAUCAGACUCUAUGACCUGAAGGCUGAACCAAUCAGAGGUGUGGAGGGGUGUCCUGGAUUGUGUUGUGUGUUUAUCUAAUGGAACUACAGUGUUGGAGUCACCCAACCCCCCCUCCUAUCGCCCCUACCAAUAUAGCUGCUGUGUUGACCCCCUCUAUCUUCCGCCAUAACAAACUGAAUUAUGGGUAACGGUGAGGGUGGCCAGCCCUUCGUCCUAGAAAGCUACUAACUGUGCAGGGUUUGGCUCCGGCUCUGCUCUAACACGCCUAUUCAGUUGCACACCAGGACCUUGAUGUUCACCUAGACUGAAUCAGGUGUGUUGGUUAGCGCAGGGCCGGAACUAAAGCCUGCAGUCAGGAGAUCUUCAGGAGGAGGUUUGGCUCCACCUGGAUUUCACCUUCCCUAAGGAACUCCUCAUCACCGUGGUGACAACAGUACGGACCGGAACCAUCGGAACCCUGUAUCCCGUAGCAACCAGGAGGAGCGUUGUUUGUUCGUGCGUUUGGAGGAGAGACAAACUCGGUGUCCGUGGAAACCCAGUAGAACUCUUUGCGUUGCCACGGUAACGAGAGACUCCAAAAGGAACGUUGUGGUGAUGGACUGACUCUAUGGGUCUGUACAGUACAGACGUGUGUAACAUUAAACUAAAUGUAAAUAUCCAUUAUAGCUACAGAGAAAAAAACAGAAAUUACUAUUUUAUAUGAUUGCAUGGGUAAAUAACUGUACGUUUUUAUGAGUAACUUUUGACAAAAUGACUUUAUUCAGUGUUUUCCUGGUCAGAUAUGAGGUGACAGACGUUCAGCGAGGAUGAAGAGCCGCCUCUCUCUUCCACCCGAAGGUCUUCGGCUCUGUUCCAACACUUUACAAAAUGCAUCCGUCCUUCCAUCCUUCCUGCCUUCCUGCCUUGAGGUUAUCAAAGUCAUUCAGUUAAGGGUGUAUUUUAUUUGUGUUGGAACAUGGCCCCCGGAGGGAGAGACGUUGUGUCACCGUUCGUUUAAUGGACGGGCUUGGGUUCUAGUGGGAUGCUGGGAAAUGUAGUUUUUUUUUAAAAA